UUUCAUGUGUCAUCAGAGUGUGAAAGCAAAAUGGCUGGAAAUAGCCUUGUUCUACCCAUUGUUCUUUGGGGCCGUAAAGCUCCCACCCACUGCAUAUCAACGUUGCUGUUAAUGGACGACGUGUCAAUGAUUGUCACAGGCUGUCAUGAUGGACAAAUAUGUCUCUGGGACCUCUCUUUAGAUUUAGAGAUUAAUCCCAGAGCUCUGUUGUUUGGUCAUACAGCCUCAAUUACUUGUUUAUCAAAGGCCUCUGCUUCCAGUGAGAAGCAGUAUAUAGUGAGUGCAUCAGAAAGCGGGGAGAUGUGCCUGUGGGAUGUGAAUGAUGGGAGAUGCAUAGAGUUUACUAAAUUAGCCUGUGCACACACUGGCAUACAGUUCUACCAGUUCACUGUUGGGACUCAGCGUGAAGGGAGACUAUUAUGCCACGGACAUUAUCCAGAAAUUCUUGUCGUGGAUGCUACCAGCCUUGAAGUUCUUUACUCUUUAUUAUCAAAGAUAUCUCCUGACUGGAUCAGCUCCAUGAGUAUCAUUCGAUCCAAUAGAACACAAGAGGAUACUGUUGUCGCUGUUUCGGUGACUGGCAUUUUGAAAGUAUGGAUAAUAACCUCUGAAGUUAGUCGCAUGCAGGAUACUACGCCAGUAUUUGAAGAGGAGUCUAAACCUAUUUAUUGUCAAAACUGCCAAAGCAUUUCUUUCUGUGCAUUUACCCAACGGUCAUUGUUGGUAGUGUGCUCCAAAUACUGGAGGGUUUUUGAUGCUGGAGAUUAUUCCCUCUUAUGUUCAGUCCCUAGCGAGAAUGAACAGACCUGGACUGGCGGUGACUUUGUGUCAGCUGAUAAAGUGAUUGUAUGGACAGAAGAUGGGCAAAGUUUUAUAUACAAAUUACCAGCCAGUUGUCUACCAGCUAGUGAUUCAUUUCGCAGUGGUGUGGGAAAAGCAGUAGAAAAUUUAAUUCCACCUUUAUUGUACAGUGUAUUGGACAGAGCGGAUAAACAGUUACUAAUAUGUCCCCCAGUUACUCGAUUCUUCUAUGGACGUAGAGAGUUUUGCAAUAAACUCUUAAUCCAAGGAGACUCUUCAGGGAGACUGUGUAUUUGGAGUGUGCCUGAUACAUUUGAACAACAGGACAGUGCAGAAGGACUACAAGCAACCACCUCAGUAUCCCUACAGGAAGCUUUUAAUAAACUUACCCCUCACCCUGCUGGAAUUAUAGACCAAUUAAGCUUAAUACCAAACAUCAAUGAACCGCUUAAAGUGACAGCGAGUGUAUAUAUCCCAGCGCAUGGGCGUCUGGUUUGUGGUCGUGAAGAUGGAAGCAUCGUUAUUGUGCCAGCAACGCAAACUGCUAUAGUUCAGCUUCUGCAAGGAGAGCAUAUGCUUAGGAGAGGUUGGCCACCUCACCGGACUCUCCGAGGCCAUCGAAACAAAAUUACAUGUUUACUCUAUCCUCAUCAGGUUUCUUCUCGUUAUGAUCAAAGGUAUUUGAUCUCAGGUGGUGUGGAUUUCUCAGUCAUCAUAUGGGAUAUAUUUUCUGGAGAGAUGAAACAUAUCUUCUGUGUACAUGGUGGAGAAAUUACACAGCUUCUAGUUCCACCAGAAAACUGUAGUGCAAGAGUCCAGCACUGUAUUUGCUCUGUUGCCAGUGAUCACUCAGUAGGUCUUCUGAGUUUGCGGGAGAAAAAAUGUAUCAUGCUGGCAUCCCGUCACCUUUUUCCUAUCCAAGUAAUAAAAUGGAGGCCUUCAGAUGACUAUCUGGUGGUGGGGUGUUCGGAUGGAUCUGUGUAUGUCUGGCAAAUGGAUACUGGUGCGCUGGACAGGUGUGUGAUGGGAAUAACAGCCGUUGAAAUCUUGAGCGCUUGUGAUGAGGCAGUUCCAGCUGCUGUAGACUCCCUCAGUCAUCCGGCCGUCAACCUGAAGCAGGCCAUGACAAGACGUAGUCUUGCUGCCCUGAAAAACGUGGCCCAUCAGAAACUACAGACUCUUGCCACUAACCUUUUAGCUUCAGAAGCAUCUGACAAAGGAAAUUUACCUAAAUAUUCACACAACUCCCUGAUGGUUCAAGCUAUAAAGACCAACCUAACAGAUCCGGAUAUACAUGUGCUCUUCUUUGAUGUAGAAGCACUGAUUAUUCAGCUACUGACGGAAGAAGCCUCUAGGCCUAAUACUGCACUUAUUUCCCCAGAGAACUUACAGAAAGCAUCUGGCAGUUCUGACAAAGGAGGCUCUUUUCUGACUGGCAAACGAGCCGCAGUUCUCUUCCAGCAGGUCAAGGAAACAAUCAAAGAGAAUAUAAAAGAACAUCUCCUCGAUGAUGAAGAUGAGGAUGAAGAGUCAAUAAGACAGAGGAGAGAAGACGGUGACCCAGAAUAUCGCUCUAGCAAAUCUAAACCAUUAACCUUGUUAGAAUAUAAUCUAACCAUGGAUACAGCAAAGCUUUUUAUGUCUUGUCUUCAUGCCUGGGGCUUGAAUUCUGUUCUAGAUGAGCUUUGCCUUAAUCGUCUUGGGAUGCUUAAGCCACACUGUUCUGUGUCCUUUGGCCUGCUGUCUAGAGGAGGCCACAUGUCUCUCAUGCUUCCUGGUUAUAAUCAGUCUAUAGGUAAACCGCCGUAUGAUAGUAUGGAAUUAGGAAGAAAAAUGUCCAUUACCGAAGGACUAGGAAAGGGGACAUACGGUGUAUCACGUGCUGUCACCACUCAGCAUCUCCUGUCUAUUAUUUCAUUGGCAAACACAUUGAUGAGUAUGACUAAUGCCACUUUUAUUGGAGACCAUAUGAAGAAAGGUCCAACAAGGCCUCCUAGGCCAGGCACUCCUGAGAUGUCAAAAGUGAAGGCACCUCCUUCAAUUUCAAGUCAUGCAGCUCAAGGACAAAUUAAGCAAGUUGCUCCUGCUGUUUCUUCUAGCACUGAAGCUGGUCACUCUGGCUCUGACACUGCUCCUACUUUACAUACCUGUUUCUUAGUAAACGAAGGGUGGAGCCAGCUCGCUGCUAUGCACUGUGUUAUGCUCCCUGACCUGUUAGGACUGGACAAAUUUAGACCUCCUCUUCUGGAGAUGCUAGCUCGCAGGUGGCAGGAUCGAUGCUUGGAGGUAAGAGAAGCUGCCCAGGCGUUACUGUUAGCAGAACUGAGAAGAAUCGAACAGGCAGGUCGGAAAGAAACAAUUGAUGCAUGGGCUCCGUAUUUACCACAAUAUAUUGACAGUGUUAUAUCACCUGGAGUAACAACAGAAGCCAUUCAGACUGGUAGUGCAAGCCCAGAUUCGUUGGGAGCAGAAGCGAAAGUUCAGGAAGAAGAGCAUGAUCUGGCUGAUGAUGACAUCACAGCAGGUUGUCUGUCUGGUCUCCCACAAAUGAAAAAAAUAUCUACCUCGUAUGAAGAGAGAAGGAAGCAAGCUACCGCCAUUGUUUUGCUUGGAGUGAUUGGAGCAGAGUUUGGAGCUGAAAUUGAACCUCCAAAACUUUUGACUCGGCCACGCAGUUCUAGUCAAAUUCCUGAGGGAUUUGGUUUAACUAGUGGUGGAUCAAAUUAUUCCUUGGCAAGGCAUACAUUGUUUAGCAUCACAAUGGGGCUGCCGCUGAGUCCCGCGGCCGACUCGGCGCGCUCGGCACGCCACGCUCUCUCGCUCAUCGCCACGGCCAGGCCACCCGCCUUCAUCACCACCAUCGCCAAGGAGGUGCACAGGCACACGGCCCUGGCCGCCAACACGCAGUCCCAGCAGAAUAUUCACACCACUACCCUUGCCCGGGCCAAAGGAGAGAUCUUGAGAGUCAUCGAGAUACUUAUUGAGAAGAUGCCUACCGAUGUAGUGGACCUUCUUGUGGAGGUUAUGGACAUCAUCAUGUAUUGCCUUGAAGGAUCUUUGGUUAAGAAAAAAGGUCUUCAGGAAUGCUUUCCAGCCAUCUGCAGGUUCUACAUGGUCAGCUAUUAUGAGCGGAGUCACAGAAUAGCAGUUGGAGCUCGCCAUGGUUCAGUGGCCCUCUACGACAUCCGGACUGGGAAAUGUCAGACUAUCCAUGGCCAUAAAGGACCCAUAACUGCUGUAGCUUUUGCCCCUGAUGGCCGGUACCUUGCCACGUACUCCAAUUCAGACAGUCAUCUCUCCUUCUGGCAGAUGAACACCUCGCUGCUGGGGAGCAUCGGCAUGCUGAACUCCGCGCCCCAGCUCCGCUGCAUCAAGACCUACCAGGUGCCCCCCGUGCAGCCCGCUUCUCCGGGGUCCCACAACGCGCUCAAGCUGGCACGACUGAUCUGGACGUCCAAUCGUAACGUCAUCCUCAUGGCUCAUGACGGCAAGGAGCACCGGUUUAUGGUCUAGAGUAAUUCCACCUGUAUUAGAAAUGCAUUUCUGUUUUAUGAUUCCUUGUAAUUCUCCCUUUUUCUUUCUCUGUGUCCUUUGAACGCUGGCUUGCCCACACCAGUGCGUCCAUAAGCCAUGGAGGGGACCAGCCAGGCUGCAGCAUUUCCGCAUGUUCCCUAGGGCAGAGCCCUGCUCGUGCCAGCUAGCGAUUCGGCAGCGCGCACCGGCCAGGCAGCACGGGGACGCUGUCCCGGGUGGGUUUUCCCAGCAGCUGAGAGGAGGGAAGAAGAUGGCUUUGGGGAAACGUUCUUGUUGCUUGGUGCAACAGAAACGGAAAAAUCCGUAGCACUGUGCUCACGCUCCUUGGCAAGACCAGCGUUCUCAGGAACCAAAACCCAGGCUUUGAAGUUGGGCUGGAUCUAGUCCCUUUUCAUUGGAUGUUGAAUUAAGAGCAGCAGCCCUAAUUACAGAUGUUGUUUUUGGUUUGGAGAUUCUUAAGGAAUCUCACUGUUUACCAAACAGGCUCUAUGUUUACAUGCACUUUCUUCUAGUGAC